UUAGUUGUAGUGAGGAAUGGUUAUUUAAAUAUAUAUUUAUGGUUAGUUCAAUUCAAAUUAAAUAUAUUACAAAACAGGCCGAAGAAUGCAUAUUCAGCCUCAAAGGAUGAAGUUUCGGAGCAGGAUGAAGCUGUCGCCCUCAAAGGUCACUUCUACGGGGUCUAUUUGCUCUGCAGCCAGAGUUUGGAUUCUCGAUACCGCGGAAAGUGUUACGUUGGCUUCACCGUGAACCCAAAGCGACGAAUACGGCAACACAAUCUUGGGUGUGACUUCGGCGGCGCAAGGAAAACAAGCCGAAAGGGGCCCUGGCAGAUGGUGAUGAUCGUGCACGGAUUCCCCAACAACAUCGUAGCCCUUCAGUUUGAGUGGGCUUGGCAGCAGCCCUCGCUCUCCACCAGACUUAAAAUGUAUCCAGAGUUAAAGCGGAAGGCGCCCAGGGAGACGCACUUUGACUACAACUUUAGGAUCCUCAGCAGGAUGUUGGGAGUGGGCCCUUGGAACCGACUGCCACUCACCGUUCGCUGGCUAGAACCGGACUAUGAGAGAGCAUUUGAUGUGCUACUCCCUGCCCACAUGGAAAUUGUUAGUGGAAAAGUAUCAAUCAGUGCCUCCCAACGUAAGAGAGGCGGGGAUGCAGGGCGUCCUCCUCCUGUGGCUUGGGCGGCAGAGUGUCACCUUUGCAUGGAGCGCAUCGAGCAGCCGGAAAGAUCCCGCCUGGGUUGUACAAACCCUACCUGUCGCCUAACCUGCCACAUGAUGUGCCUAGCCAACUAUCUCCUGACUGAUGAGCCAGGUCACUAUAUCCCCCGAGGAGGGGAAUGCCCACUUUGUGAGACUCGACUUAGCUGGGCAGCCCUCCUCCAGCGCAAACGGCUCCUGUUAGGCGUGGCAGAAGAACUGCAGGACGAAGAUGAGGAUCUCAGCGAUGGCCCUGAUGUGGACAGCGAUGAGGAAGACGGCAUUCAGACGAGCGAUUGACUCCAAUAUUAUUUGUCAUUCCUGUUAUUCUCAUAUAAUUAAUAAAGAAUUUUCCUACCUAAAACUACAA